UGUGGCUGCGGGGCGGCCCCGCCUCCGGGGCACGCUCGGGCCUCCUGCGGGGGCGGAGUCGCGGGCUGGAGUGAGGCCGGAGCCCGCGCGGACCUUUUCCUGUAGAUGGGAACGGGGGAGAGAGCCCAGACGUGGCAACACAUUCUCAGGCUCCUGAAGGACCACCAUGGCUUAUGAUGACUCCAAGAAGAAAGAAGAGUUCCUGGAGAGUGACCGAAGUGUUGAUGACACGGGGCUGGCAGCGGGCAGGAUACAGCGAGAGAAAAAGCGCUUUUACAAGGAUCUGCUGCAAGAGGAAGAUGAGAUAGCAACUCAGAACAGUGACCUUUUUCCAGGAACAGAACCUCACAAGAAGAAGAGAAAGCACUCCUCUGAUGAGUUCUGCUACAGAGGUGUUUCGCCUUUGGAUCUACCAUCAAAGAAGAAGAAGAAAGCAGUUUCCAGCCCAUCGUCUGCUGACACAACCAUGGAUUUACUGAAGACUAUCAACUCACCUUUGGCCACAAGUUCAAAGUCUUCAAAGAAGACUUCUGAAAAAUCAUCUCAUUCUUCCUCUGGCCAUUCUGAAAGCAAAAAGGAGCACCACAAGAAGAAGCUGAGUGGGAGCAGUGGGGAGCACUCAGUGGAUGAUGGCAGCUUCCACAAAUCCAAAAAAAUGAAACCUCUCUAUGUGAACACAGAGACACUUACUCUUCGUGAACCUGAUGGCUUAAAGAUGAAGCUCAUCCUUUCACCAAAAGAGAAAAGUAGUGCAGCAGAUGAUGAUUCUUUCUCCUAUUCUUCAGCACCAGCAGCUGCAAAGAAAUCUUCGAAGAAAUCAACUCGAGAUGAGCAAGGCUCAUUAUUGCUCGGCCACGAACUGCAGAGCUACCUGAAGUCAUCCCGGAAGAAGCACAAACCACCUCCGGACUCACAUCCACCUUCUGAGAGUUUUGGUGCUGAUACCUCCCUUUUUUCAGAGGGCCAUGGGAGUGAGUAUGAGAUUUCAGGUGUGGAGGCACAACCAGAAUCUGGUUCCUCUUCUGGUGGGGAGUUGGAAGCAGGAGAGCUAGUGAUAGAUGACUCCUACCGGGAAAUCAAGAAGAAGAAGAAGUCAAAAAAAAGUAAGAAAAAGAAAGACAAGGAGAAGCACAGGGAGAAGAAGCACUCUAAAUCUAGAAAGAGUUCUGGGCACGCUCCGGUGGCAGUAGCAGAAGUAACAGUGUCACCACCACCUCCUCCCAGUACCCCCUAUGCUCUUUCUCCACCUCCUCCCACUGUGUUUCACUCAGAGGGUCAAGGUGAGAAGAGGAGAAAAAAGGAAGACAAGGAGAAGGACAAAGCUGAGAAAUGGGAAAAGGAAAAAGAAAAAGAAAGAGAAAAAGAAAAGGAACGAGAAAAGGAAAAAGAAAGAGAAAAAGAAAAGGAACGAGAAAAGGAAAAGGAAAGAGAGAAGGAAAAGGAAAAAGAACGAGAAAAGGAAAAGGAAAGAGAGAAGGAAAAAGAAAGAGAAAGAGAAAGAGAAAAGGAAAGAGAAAGAGAAAAACCAAAGAAGAAGAACAUGUCUGCCUAUCAAGUGUUCUGUAAGGAAUAUCGAACAACGAUUGUGUCUGAGCACCCUGGAAUAGAUUUUGGAGAGCUAAGUAAAAAACUGGCAGAAGUGUGGAAGCAGCUACCUGAGAAGGAUAAACUGAUCUGGAAACAGAAAGCUCAGUAUCUGCAACACAAGCAGAAUAAAGCAGAGGCCACCACUGUGAAGAGAAAGGCAUCAUCUUCAGAUGGUGCACCGAAAAUAAAAGCUUCCCCAACAGGAGCAGUUUCCCCUCACAAGAAGUCCCCCACCAGCACUGUGGUGGUGCCUUCCUCACCAGCCAAAGUCCCUGAGACAGAGCCUAUUGAUGUAGCUGCACACUUACAGUUGCUGGGCGAAUCUCUGAGCCUCAUUGGACACAGGCUGCAGGAAACAGAGGGAAUGGUGGCUGUUUCAGGAAGUUUGUCAGUACUUCUGGAUUCAAUCCUAUGUGCUUUAGGCCCUUUAACAUGUCUGACCACACAACUACCUGAGUUGAAUGGCUGCCCUAAGCACAUUUUGUCAAACACACUAGAUAACAUUGCCUACAUCAUGCCUGGACUUUGAUGGGAAAGGAUCCUGGGAUGAAUUCAACCUCUGCAUAACUGACUUGUGUACAUAUGCACUACACCAGCAGUCCCAAAGGGCUUCGUGUGUAGGGUUUUAAAGUUUUUUAUCUGUAUAGUAUAUACAUAGGAUUGUACUAUUGGAUUGUACUAAUAGGAUUCUCUAUUUUGUGAGAAGUUGUGAAGUUAAGCUGAGAAAACCCUUUUGUGUUAGUGGGUGAAAUGUCCUCCAAUCUGAAAGUACUUUGUUUGAAGAAGCCAGAAGGCUUUUUGAGAUACUUGCCUUAAAUUCAGAUCCUUAAGUGGGGGAAGCAGCCAGAGAAUGGAUUUCUUGAUAUAAAGAAUCAAAUGCCACCAUGAGAGUGGUUAUUGAAACAGAUAGUCCCGAGAGGUUAUUUAUUCUCCAUCUUUGAUGAUGUUCAAAAACUGAAUGAGCAGUGUGCUCUAGUUGGACUUCGUUUAAGCAGGAGGAUGGACCAGAUGACCUCCUGAUGUCCCUUCCAACCUAAAGUAUUCUGAUAUUCUAUGGGCAGGUAGAGAUGAUAACGUCUUUUGGACCAAGGAAUAGAACUGAACUCUUCGCCAGCCCUAUUUCUAACUGUUUUUCAGUUUAAAAUCUGCUGCUUGAGGGGAAAGCUGGAAAGAUACAGAGAGAGAUCUUUGCCUCUUGGUCACUUCUUCCAACUCUCCCCUCUUCAGUCAGUAAUAACUGAAAGUUUUCAGCAUCAGCUGGCUGGUCUGAUAGCUGGCAUUUGAAGUAAAGUGGAAGAUGACAACAAAUUUAAUGAGUUUUUGUGGACUUUCACCCAAAUCAUCAUUAUCACAAUGUGUCGACCAACUGCAUUGGCUUGAGAGAAUGAACCUCCUGCUGAUUUUUCCAGGGCAUGGUCAGCCUGCUUUGAUGGAGAGGAGCAUGGAAGCAGAUAGGAAAAACUUCGGAUUGCUUCCACCCAUCCUGCACCUGUUUUGUGAACAGAUAACUUUGAUUUCUGAGAUGGCUCAUCCCUUUCACCAGCAGUACUGGAAGAGCCAUGGUGCUGCAGUGAGGCAGUGACUGAUGACCAGUUUGAAGCAGUUAAGGCUGAGUGAGGCAUGUGUGGUUUGAUUGGACCGAUUCACCUUGCUUCCAGCCACGUACUUGGUGUUUGGUUUUCUGCUUCUCUGGAAGGGAAGCCGCAGGAGAGCACUUGAUUCCUGUAUAGGCUUUUUUGUGUGUGUCUGUACGUACGUGUAUGUGGUGGUCAUAUCAUGUAUUUAACUUUUACCAAUAUCUGUAACAGAUUUUAAUUUAUCCUGUAUAUUUCUCUGCGUGUGUGUGUAUAUAUAUAUAUUUACAUAAUUUAAAAGCAAAAAUCCCUCCCUCCACCAACAGUGUAUGGGAAAAUAAGAAUCAAGUCCACCUCACCCCACAUCCCAUAGGAACUGGCUGUACAUGGAGUAGUGUUGUAUGCAGAAGCACCAGGAAGAUUUUUCAGUGUUUGUAGAAACACUGAAAACAGUGUGCAGGUAGGUAGAGCAACUGAAAUAGAAUUUUACUGUAGCCUUUGCAGCCUUAUAAAAGUUUUAACAUGACAGAAGAGCACUUUUUUACUUCCAGUCUGAAGUCUGGCUUCACUUUUUCAGGGCAGUUGAAAGUGAUCUGUCCUUCAUGGUGGCUGAGCCCCAGAUUACAAAUCCUCAGGUGUGUGAGAGGGGUUUUGUCCCCAUUCCUCCUCACCACGUAUUCCUGAGCAGUGCCUGUACAAGGUUGUCUAUCUCUUACUGAGCUCUUUUCAGUGCGGUGUUAGGUUUUCUCCAUCAGUGGAGGAGGCAGAAAAGUUCUCAGACCACUGUACAAGUUCUCAACCCAAGCUUUUGACCAGAGCAUACCUGUUUUAACUGGUGACUAGUCCCAGUGAGCCUGGAACUGGGAAAGGCCAAGGAAGGGAGGCAGUCUGAUCCUGCUUCAGAUCCUGGCCUGUAGUAAAGCACUUGCUGUUGCGAGUGGCAUGAAAUAACUGUCUCUUUCCAUCUCCGAUCGAGAGCACUGUGUUGAAGAGGAAGAUCCACUCUCUAAGGGACAGAAGGGAAUCAGCUUUAGCUUUUCAUCUGUACAAUGGAAAACUCUUGAAGAGUGAAAAACACACACAGUGUAUUGUAUUUUUAUUAAAAGUUUGUACACUUUGUAUAA